CAACCACAACUAUUCGUAAGUAAGACAUACACAACAUAUCAAUCUCUAACAAAAUACUAGUAAACAGUUUCCCCUUAUACAUGGCAGAUAGCGUGGUUUCUUUCCUUUUGGAACACUUAUCCCAAUUGCUGCUACGCGAAGCUAAUUUGCUGUUUGGAGUGGAAGACAAAAUCAUAUCCCUCCGUAACGAACUUGAAAUCAUAAACGUAUAUCUCAAAACUUCUUCUCAAGGGAAGAACAACACAGAAUUGAAACAAACGGUUCUGAGUCAGAUCAGAGAUGUCUCCCACUUAGCUGAGGAUGUUAUCGACACAUUCAUCACCAACAUCGCCUUGUACAAGAACAGAAAUCUGCCGGGAAGAAUGCUUCACAGUAUCGAUCAUGCAAAGUUGCUCCACGACGUAGCAGAGAAAAUUGACAAGAUCAAAACGGUGCUCAAGGAGAUACAUGAAAACAAGAUGAAAUACUGUGAAGAAAGCAGUGAUCAAUCAACAUCAGCAAGAGAAGAGGAGGAGAGAAUGAAAUCACUUGACAGAUUAAGAAGAAAUGUGGAGGAGGAAAAUGUAGUGGGCUUUGUCCAUGAAUCGGAGGUACUCAUAAAUAGACUCAUACAGAAUGGUUCGCCGCAACUUAAUGUAGUUUCAAUCAUUGGUAUGGGUGGAUUAGGCAAAACAACCUUAGCACGAAAAGUGUAUAACAGUGAUAAGGUGAAGAAGCACUUCAAUUGCCGCGCAUGGGUUUAUGUGUCAAACGAAUGUAGAGUCAGAGAGCUUUUGCUUGGUCUUCUUCAAAAUUUGAUGCCAAACAAUGAUUUUGAACGUAGAAGCAUAAGUGAUGAUGAGCUGAAGAAAAGAGUGCGGGAAUGCUUGGAGUUGAAAAGGUAUCUGCUGGUUCUUGAUGACUUGUGGAAAAUACAAGAUUGGGAGGAGGUAAAAGAUGCUUUUCCGGUUGAAAAUAAAGGAAGCAGAAUAUUGAUAACCAGUCGUUUGAAAGAAGUUGCCUCGCAUACAGGCCGAGAUCCUCCUCACUAUCUUCAAUUUCUCAGUGAAGAACAAAGUUGGGAGCUGUUUUCCAAAAAAGUAUUUAGAGGAGAAGAAUAUCCUUGUGAUCUUGAAUCUCUAGGUAAACAAAUUGUAAAAAGUUGCGGCGGUUUGCCACUUUCAAUUGUGGUUCUCGCAGGACUUCUGGCAAAUAAGGAAAAGUCACACAAGGAAUGGUUCAAAAUAUUCGGUCAUGUUAACUGGUAUCUUACCCAAACCGAGGCUCAAGUAAAAGAUGUACUCAAACUCAGUCUCGAUAACUUGCCAUCAAGAUUGAAACCUUGUUUUCUGUAUCUAGGGAUUUUCACUGAAGAUUCUGAAAUACGUGUAAGGCAAUUGUUGCAACUCUGGAUCGCUGAAGGAUUUAUACAAGAAACAGGAAGUAGAGAUGUACGCGAUGUUGCUGAAGACUAUUUGUAUGAGCUCAUUGAUCGGAGUUUGAUCCAAGUAGCACAAGUGAAAGAUAACAGAGGCGUGAAAUCAUGCCGCAUCCAUGAUCUUCUCAGAGAUCUCUGCAUAUUAGAGGGCAAAGAGGAUAAAUUCUUCCAGGUUUGCACUGAAAACAACAUUUCAAUCACUACAAAACCUCGUAGAUUGUCUGUGCAUUCUAGCAUGUCUCACUAUGUUUCUUCAAGCACUGUUGACCAUUCAUGUGUUCGUUCGUUGUUUUGUUACGACCCGAAUCAUGUUUAUCGCGACGAAUGGAAAUGGAUUACCGAAAACUGCAAAUUGGUUCGGGUGUUAGAUAUUGAAGGAUUAUGUUGUUUUAAGGUUCCUUCAAACUUAGGGAACUUCAUUCACUUGAGGUACUUAAGAAUAAACUCGCAGUGUUUUUCAAGUGUUCCAGAUUCGAUAUGCAACCUUCAGAAUUUACAAACAUUAGACUUUUUAUCUUCACCCUGGGACUCCACAAUUUCUUUUCCCAUCACAAUAUCAAAGCUCAAGCAUCUAAAGCAUGUGUAUACUUAUCGGGUAAUUGUGCUCCGGGGGCAUCGUUUAAAAUCAAAUGUUGGUGUAAUGUGGAAUCUUCAAACAAUCUCUCGCAUUGUACUCGAUACAAAAACAACAUAUCUCAUAAGCAAAGGAAGUUUCCCCAAACUAAGAAAAUUAGAAGUGCUUAUCUCCUCAAAGUUUAAAGGUCAUGUGCCCAAAAUGCUGCUAAGCCUACAACAACUGAAAGAUUUGAAUAAGCUAGAAAUCGAGUUUGUACUGAUGAAAGAUCAUUCAGAAGUGUGAUGGAAUAUCAAUUGUAAGCCCGUGGAAGUUUUACAAAGCUUGAAGCAUUUGAGCCAUCUGAGUAUACUGAAAAUUAUCAAUGCAUGUGAGCUUGGAACAUGUGUAGCCAUGUUUCCUCCCAACAUUACCAAGUUAACAUUGAUAAACAUUACUGGUUUUAAUGGAGAUCAAAUGAAUGCUUUUGGAAAUUUCGCCAAACUCCAAAGUUUGAUCUUAAAUGCAGCAUACGGCUGGCCUUCAGACUAUCAGUGUUCAAUUUUUGAUCUUAAUUGUGUUGAAGAUGGGUUCCCACAGCUGCAGGAGUUUGAAAUGGGAAAUUUGCCUAUCCGAAGCUGGAAAUUAGGUAAUGGUUCAAUGCCACGCCUUCAAAUUCUUGAUAUUGAUGAAUGUGAUAAGUUGGAUAGCCUCCCAAGUGAACUAUGGUCGUUGAAUACCUUAAGAAAAGUGCGUGUUCAGAAACCCUCCCCAGCAAUGGCUGCAACUCUACACAAUUUGGAAGUUAAAAAAGGAUGUGAGCUCAUUGUAGAAUAAUUAAUACUACUUGUUUACUUUGAAUUUAUAAGUUAUGUACCAUAUUUUAAACACCUUAUUUAUUGAUUUCAUAUUUUUACUUUGCUGAUUAAA